CCUUCAGGAAACGACGACGACAAGGCGGACGGUAAGCAUCACUGGUCAUACAAACGCUUUAUUUUUCGUGCAGCGAUGAUCGACGACCAUCUCAAAUAACACUGAUCGGUGGAUUAAGAAGACUUUUCUCUGCCCGUGGGUUCGGUUGCCAUUCGGUUCAACAUGGGCCGUCACUUUGGAGAUUUGGCCAGGAUCAGGCAUGUCAUCACAUAUAGCCUGUCCCCCUUUGAGCAGAAGGCAUUCCCCAACUAUUUCUCGAAGGGAAUUCCCAAUGUUUGGAGAAGGUUCACGUCGUCUUUCUUCAAAGUAGCCCCUCCAAUGACCCUCAUGUACCUGACCUACUCGUGGGGCAACAGUGUUCAUGAGCAGAGCAAGAGGAAGAAUCCUGCUGACUACGAGAAUGAUGAAUAAACUAUUGCCAGCUCUAGGCGUCUUGUUGUAAAAUGCUUCUUCUGCUUCCCUAUUAAAGAUGAAAAAAUAUUUAUGUGAAAUCAA